GCACUCGCUCCGCUUUGCCCAAGUAGAGACCACAGUUUCGUUCCUCAGGUAUAAUAAUACAUCACGUGAAUUGCCUUGGAUCCGAAGUGACUCUGCUUCGGAAGGGCUUCGAAUUGGAGUUCUUUUCUUCCACUUUUCCUCAGAGUUCUUUUCUCAAAGAUCUUUCUCAAAGAUCUCUAAAACAGAUCCCCAGAAUGUUCCUCCCAGAGAUCAUGUGAAUGUAAUUGUAGCUGCUGCUUUUCAGUUAGGAAGGAAAAAAAUUCAGUCCCAGUGAAUCGUUUGUUUGUGUUCAUAAAAACAGCUAAACAGCUACCCUAUCUCUAGCUACACAUUUUUUAAACAGAAAUAGUGUAUAAUUAACUCUGUGUUGUUUUUUUUUAGAAGGACAUGUUCCUCUUCUGCAGGUUAAAGCUGAAUUGCCACAUUUCUACAUCACAGGGAAAGGUCAGGCUGACAAUGUAGCUCCUGCAACCGUCUGUUUCCACCGGUAGACAGCCAAAGGCUUCCAGAUUGCUGAUGAGAAGUGCACCGAGGCAUAACAUUUCCAUGGUUGUCCAAAGCACUUGAUACUCAGUGGUGUCCUACCAUUUUACCAGCGUCUGGUAUCUCCACCUCUCAGUAUGGCAACUACAUUUAGUUUUUCCUUCUUGACUAGUGUGAGAAGCCUCAUCUGCAGCCAUGCUGAAGCAGAUCUUGUCGGACAUGUAUGUGGAUCCAGAGCUGCUGGCAGAGCUCAGUGAAGAGCAGAAGCAAAUCUUGUUCUUCAAGAUGAGGCAGGAGCAGAUCAAGAGAUGGAAGGAAAGAGAAGCUGUGGCCAUGGCACCAAAACCAGCACGAAAGAAAGCCCAUGGGAAAUCUGUGCAGUGGAAGCUUGGGGCCGAUGGCGAUGUCUGGGUGUGGAUAAUGGGUGAGCACUCACUGGAUAAGCCAUAUGACCUGCUCUGCAGUGAAAUUCUUGCUGAAAGAGUGAGACAGCAGUCACUUCAGGAAGCAGAAGCAAUAAGACGAGGUCCAGUCGAAGGGCUCACUGACAUUGGCCUUGGAUCAGAAAUACCAAGAGACAGUAAAAAUCCCAUGAUUGGGCAGAAAGAUAUGGGAAACCCCUCAGCUACUGCAAAUGACCCAAAUCAAGACCAGCCUCCUGCAAAUAAACCAAGAGGCAUAGAGCAGAUGUUGGCAGACUCUGUCAGGCAUUCAAGGAAGUAUGGCAUUCAGCAGAACAAAGAUAAUCUAACGAGGACAACCAUGAAUGAGACUGGAGCACAAGGAGAUCGCAUCAGUGAGUCCACUCAGAAACAGGACAAAGAAGAUCCCGAUUGGCUGGAAUCUUUACAACGGUCAAAAGCAGAAGAUGAGAGGCGACGCACUGUUGCCAAACACGCCCGGGAUGACUACAAGAGGCUUUCGCUGCAAGGCAUCCACAAAGGAAAAGCAGCUGAAAUUUCCAAGAUCUUAAAGGCAGGAGAGCAAAAACAGAUGGUUCCUCCUCCUUUGCCACCAAAGCCUAAAAACCUUCCUGCUCCUAGAAUAGUCAAUGGAAGACCAGAGAGAAAACAGGGAAUACGGAGAACGGUCUCCAGUUCUACUCAGGAAGCUAUUGUUCAGUGGUUCAAAGAAGAGCAGCUCCCCAUCCGAGCUGGCUUUGAGAAAUCAAUGGAUAGCAUAGCACCUUGGUUCCAUGGUAUUUUAACCACCAAGGAAGCAGAAGAACUUCUAAGUGGUUUGGCACCAGGAAGUUUUCUGAUCCGGGUCAGUCAAAAGAUCAAAGGUUAUGUUCUUUCACAUUUGUCAACAGAAGGAUGCAAACACUUCUUGAUAGAUGCUUCUGGGGACUCCUAUAGCUUCCUUGGUGUGGAUCAGCUACAGCAUUCAACGUUGGCUGACCUGGUUGACUACCACAAGGAUGAGCCCAUCACAUCUUUGGGGAAGGAACUUCUGCGUUAUCCCUGUGGCCAGCGAGGCUUGGAGCCAGAUUACCUUGAUCUUUUUGAAUGAGACCACAAGGAGGUACUUUUCUUGACUGGAAAGUACAAAGUACA